CGCUAAGGGCGGGCGGAAACGGAGAGAAGCCCCUGAGGAAGGGAUCUGAGCUGUCCAAGCAGUUUGAGCGCAGAGAUCUACUGUAUGAUGGUUGGCCUGGCCGGAGAGACAGACAGUCACUCAUCUCUCCCUCUUGUCUCGCUGUUUGUCUAUCUGCUGCCUCUGCAUCUGGCUGGACUCAACAAGAAGACUCUCUUGACUCUUUUCCCGUCCACGCGAUGGCCCAUCACUCCAUGUGUGCUGCUGCACUGCUGAUGAUGACUCUCAGCUUGGCCUUCAUUGACACGCAGGCACAGCAUCCCGAGGUGCGCAAAGUCAACACAACCACACCGCACACAAACACGCUCUUGUCUGUCUGAGAUGAUCUGCUAUGUGUCUGUGGGUGGUGGUGUUUCCGUCAGGUUGAGGCGAUGAAGUCGGCUCGAGGGGCUGACGGCGCACUGAUGUCUGGUCGGCUGAAUGGAGGUCCGUUGAGUGGCAAUCACACGCCGGUGGGCAGCGCCACCCACGGCACGAGCGGCCCGCGGAUGUUCAAGGAGAUGACAUUCGACAACGGGGCUGUCUACAAGGGACAGUGGCUCGCUGACCCAAACGUGAUGCCGAUACACGCACGCACACGCCAUGCGUGACUGCUUCUCUCUCUCUCCGUGUGUGUGUGUCGUGUUGUUGGUUCCUUCAGGGUGACCUUCGCGAUGGUUUUGGUGUCCAGACGUGGGCUGACGGGGCCAUGUACGAAGGGCAGUGGGUCAACGACAAGAGACAGGGAUACGGCAAACUCGUUGAAGGUAGGCAACUCACACGCAGGGCAGGGCACACAAGUAGAAAACGUUCCUUCCCACAGCCGACCCGACCUCUCCCUGCCGUUGUGUUGUUUGGUGGGUCUGUCUGCUGGUUAAAUCGCUCAGCUGAUGGUGACGUGUAUGAGGGGGAGUGGUUUGAAGACAAGGCACACGGAUACGGGCUCUACCAACGCGCAGACGGAUGCAAGUAUGUAUGUCAUGUGAAGUACACAAAACACCUGCACUAUUUAUGGCUGACUGAUGCGUCGCCUCCCUGUCUGGUCUGAUGGGGGGAUCUUACUGCAAGUACGAGGGUCAGUGGCAAUCGGACAAGCAGCACGGGAGAGGCGUUGAGGAGUGGCCAGACGGCGCCAAGUACCAGGGGCAGUACUCACACGGAAGGAAACACGGAGAGGGCACCUUCACGUGGGCAGACGUGAGCAAGACACGCACACGCACACGCACAAGACAGCCAGCAAUUGACCAUCCCUCCCUGCUCUGUGUGUUGGUGUGUCCUCUGUGUCCCUUAGGGUUCUGUGUAUGACGGCGGCUUCUACGACGACGACAUUGAGGGUUGGGGCGUGUACAAGUGGUCUGACGGUCGCAAGUACGACGGCCAGUGGAAGAAGAACCGCCUGCACGGCGAGGGCACCUUCACGUGGCCCGACGGCAGAUCUUACUCGGGACAGUACGAAAACGACCAAAAGGAGGGAAUCGUAAGCAGCCAACCAAUGACAUACGUGUACAUCACGGCCGGCCAGUGCGACCGGACCACCUCUCUUAUGUUGCCUGCCUGCCUGCCUGCCUGGCUGCCUGCCUCAGGGUACAUUCACAUGGCCGAGUGGCAGCAAGUACGUGGGGGGAUGGCGCAACGGCAAGCAGCACGGGAGAGGGAUCUACACCACAGGUACAUAUGAAAUGGACAAGAGAGAGGACACACGAGAGCGGCCGUCACUCAGGUUUUCCUCUCCCUUCCUGUUGCUGUGCAGCCAAGGGCGAGAGGCGUGUGGGCGAGUGGGCCGAGGGUCGGAGGGUCAGGUGGUGCAAAGACGAGGACCCCGACCGCGUGCAGGGUCCUCGGGACUGUCCAGGGAGGGGCGGGACUGUCCAUCCAUCUGUCCUGUUGUGUCUCUCGUCACUCAUUUUCUCCGUCUUCUAUCGCAUGAUGUGAGCCGUUUUGUUCGUCGCUCUCGUGAGGCCAUCGUGUGGUGUGGGCAUGCUGUGAGGCGGUCAACCGGGCCUGCCUGUCGAUUCCCUGUGAUGUAUACGGCCUCUCUGUCUGACGUUUUCCUGUCAAAUAUCGUGUAUGUGUCUGUCGCCUAACGAGCCAACGAAGCGGUAAGGGGCUGGUGUAGAGGGCUUGCUGCAGCAUGUGGAUAUCGUAACGUGUGUGGUGUAUCCGUGCUCGUGGGUUUAUCGACCAUGUCCUGAGCUGCGUGGACACACUUCAAGCAUGCAGACCAGGAAGAAUUGAUCAAUCAAUCAAUCGUCC